CCCAGCUAGGCGGAGUUAACCACUCUAUUAAAACUAGCUCCCCGGUGAACUGCUUCGGAGUUGUUUGCUCAGUAUAAACCUCUAAUGAACAAAAAGACAUCUUUUUAGCUGAACAGUCCUUUAAUCAUGGCACUGGCUGGGGUUAGAGUUAUUGAGCUGGCAGGCCUGGCACCCGCACCCUUCUGCGGCAUGAUCCUGGCAGACUUUGGUGCCAAGGUGACCCGUGUGGACCGGACCAAAGUUCCUACGUCUUUGGACACACAAGCGCGGGGGAAACGAUCUGUGGCCAUCAACCUGAAGACCACGGAGGGUAUAGCUUUGCUCAGGAAGCUCUGCAUAAAGUCUGAUGUGGUCCUGGAGCCGUAUCGCAAAGGUGUUAUGGAGAAAUUUGGCCUUGGUCCACAUGAGCUAUUAAAGGAAAAUCCUCGGCUGAUCUACGCUCGCUUGACUGGAUAUGGUCAGAGUGGAUCUUAUGCCACCGCAGCUGGGCAUGACAUCAACUACAUUGCCAUGUCAGGCCUUUUAUCCCGGCUGGGUCGCAGUGGCGAGAAGCCUUACGCUCCGCUGAAUCUGUUAGCAGACUUUGGAGGCGGUGGUCUUACGUGCGCUCUGGGGAUUGUCCUGGCGCUGCUGGAGAGGACAAAGUCAGGGAAAGGACAGAUCAUUGAUGCUAGCAUGGUGGAAGGAGCAGCAUAUAUGGGUUCGUUUUUAUGGAAAUCUCGUAGUAUUGGUUUGUGGAACCGGUCUAGAGGAGAAAAUAUAUUGGACAGUGGAGCUCCCUUCUACGAUACCUACCAGACUUCGGAUGGGCAGUUCAUGGCUGUUGGUGCCAUUGAACCUCAGUUCUACAAACAGCUGCUUAAAGGUUUAGAGUUGGAUGCUGGAGAGUUGCCUUCUCAGAUGAGCUUUGAUGAUUGGCCAGAGCUCAGACGAAUCUUCACAGAGCGUUUUGCCUCAAAGAGCCAGGCGGAGUGGUCAGAGAUUUUUGAUGGGACUGAUGCCUGUGUUACACCUGUGUUGUCUUUUGACCAGGUGAGCUCACACCCACAUAACCGGGAAAGAGGCUCUUUCAUGAAGGACUCCAGUGGGGAAGAAAGCCCCCGACCAGCUCCGGUUCUGUCUCGCACUCCUGCUGAGCCUUGCCUCACCUCCGACCCCGUUACUGGAGAACACACGGCUGAGGUCCUACAGGAGUACGGCUUCACAUCCCCACAGAUAAACCAGAUGCUGUCAGCAGGAGUCAUAGAGUGCAAUGCUGUGAAGCCAAAGCUGUAAACAAACAAUCAAAACAGUCAAGUUAUAAAUGUUUGAAAGUCACACAGUGGCACCACCUUUUAAGAUUUGAAGUAAUUAACCAUGUGAUUGACAUACUGGAAAUAAACAACUGAUUUGGAUAAAGCAAAGCUACAUGCAGAGCACAUUUGAGUGACUAACAGUAAGAUCUGCCAUUCAGAUUGUGUCGAACAUAACUGUGAACAAAUCAAAAGAGAAACUAAGAAAGUUAUUUUCUUUUCAUAAGCUAGACGUCCUCAGAAUAUGUGAGUGAAUUUUUUUUUUUGCAAAGCACAACUACUCUAUUAAUCAUAAACUACUGAUAUCUGCUAAAUUAUCCAGCUCAGGAUGAGCAAUGGUCAUACAUAGCAAAAGAGGAUUGGAUAUCUCCUGAAAGCUCAGCAGUACCAAUAACAUUACAUUAAUUAGACUUUGUUGUUGUUUUGCUCUCCCGCAACAGCUUCUGAUUUGUUUGCACUAAUUCUGACACACGAUUGUUUAGAAAAAAUUGUUGUAGCCAGACAUGAUGUCACCCACUAAAGUCAUCUUUUCAAGACUUUGGCUUGGGGUUUCAAAGCUCACCCUUCGUUUUUUUUUUUAUUCUAAAGAAGGCCAUAAUUUACACAAUGAAUGUCAAGCUGUAUUAAAUGAGAUCAGAAAC